AGCUCUUGUGACUACAUCCUGCAGGGUUUACCACUCCUAAACAGAAGUCAGCGAUCUACCUGCCAGACAACCCAGCAGCUAUGAGUUUCCGUCUCUUCCGUCCAAUAUUCCGACAGGUGGUUUUUGUCUAUAUCUGUUAUUUAUAACACGACAGUUUUCUUCACUCCGUGCUACCCAAUCACUCGCCUUCACAAACGUGUUAAGGUCGGUUGUACCGAGACGAUCACUGGGACACGGUCCUCCUAUGACAAAACCCAUGAUUCAAGACCGAGUGAUGCUCGUGUUGCGACUUUAUGACAAAGUUGAUCCUGAAAAGGUAACUACACCUUACUUCUCCACCGUAUCAUCCAUCUAGCUUACAGAAAAAUCGGACUUCGUCAAAGACUUUGGUUUGGACAGCUUGGAUCAUGUGGAACUAGUAAUGGCUAUGGAGGAAGAGUUCAGUAAGUGUUGCGUGUCAGUUUUAUUUAACGAUCGCUCCAGAUUUCGAAAUCCCAGACGUCGAUUCGGAACGAUUCAAAACUCCUGCGGAUAUUAUCCGCUAUAUUUGUGACAAAUAUGACGUAUAUGAUUGACCAUCCUCCUUUCCCACCCCACCCCCACACACCAAACCUGUGCUCUACCUGUUAGAUAAUAAAUUUAGCAUUUAAAGCCCGUGUUUUUACUUGUGUCUGGUUGAGAUCCCGUUUAAUCCGAGCACCAUUUUUACAGGGAGAAAAUGAGCUCGCAUUCGGACGAAGAGGCAGAUGGAUUGCCGUUCGACAUGGAUGAGGUCAUGGCUGCAAAACGGAAUAACCCAGGAAUGUUUGUCAGUGCUUGGGAAGCAGAUGAGAACGACAUUGAGCAUUGGAGCAAGGCACAAAUCCGAGCUGACCCGAUUAAACAGUUUAUCGUUGCUGCUGAGAACGGCAAACUGGAUACUAUCAACGAGAUCGUUUGUCGCGCUGAAAAAACCGUUCCCAAUCCAACCCCGUAUCCUACUCUGUCCGAAUUGCUGGCUGCUAAAGAUCAAGACGGGUACACAGCUCUUCAUCGGGCGGCCUAUGGUGGGCAUGCACAUGUGGUAGAGCGAUUACUACAACUUGGAGGUGAUGUGAACAGCCGGACUUUGGAUGGCUGGACUCCGUUACACAGUGCUGCGUUCUGGAAUAAGCUCGCCUGUGUACAAUUGUUGCUCACAGCCGGUGCAGACUUAAAUGCAGUGACAAACAGCAACCAAACGGUGCUACAUCUGGCUGUAUCAAACAACCAAAGUCCGGAGACCCUAUACUUUCUGUUGUCACAGCCAAAUGCGUCUGUAUACGGUAUACGAAAUAAGCUGGGUGAUACUGUUGCUGACCUGAUAGAACGGAACACGCCCUAUUCCGAUCUGUGCUAUGUGUUCAGUGAACACGUGACACAAUUGGGCCAACCACCAUCGAAAGCGACGGGAUGAGCAGAAAUUCGUCGCUACUUGUUCCUCUCGCAGCACGGUCUCCACUGUUGUCUGUGACCCGGCAGAAUGGCAAGAUAAAACCAAACAACCAAGCCACACUCGACCUGAAACUAUUUGACAUUG